AUGGGCGUGGCCGAGGGGCUGCUGCUCGAGCACUGGAGGAGGAACAACGCGGAGCUCCGGGAGGUGGAGUCAGAGCUGCACAAGAAGCAUGUGAGGGAGGCGUGGGGUGAGCAGCUCCAGCAGAAGAAGCAGCAAGAAGCAGCUGAACGAGAAGAGGAAAAACGAUACGAAAAUGAAUAUGAAAUCGCACGGAGGGAAGCACUGGAGAGGAUGAGACAAGAGGAAGAAAGGCGCCGGCUGGAGGAGAAGCAGCAAGCAGAAAUGUUGCUUCAGCAAAUAAAAGAACUGAAAUUACAGGAGACAGAGGCAACUAAACUGAAGAAAGAACAAGAGAAUUUAAUAAAGCAGAAGUGGGAGCUGGAGAACUUAGAAGAGGAAAGGAAGCGAAUGGAAGAGCAUCGGAAGAAGAUAGAGCUUGGUCGCUUUUUGAGACAUCAGUGCAAUGCCCAGUUGAGGAGGCGAGCCCAGCAGAUACAAGAGGAGCUGGAGACAGACAGACAAAUUUUAUUAGCCCUCCUUCAGAAGGAAGAGGAGGAAAAGCGCCUCCAGUCGGCAAGACGAGAACGGGCUAUUGCGGACGCUGCCUGGAUGAAACGGGUCAUUGAGGAACAGCUCCAGCUAGAGAAGGAGAGAGAAGCAGAGCUGCAGACUAUUUUUAGAGAAGAAGCUAAAAAGGUAUGGGAAAAAAGGGAAGAAGAAUGGGAAAAAGAAAAGAGGGCCAGAGAUCGUCUGAUGAGUGAGGUGCUUGCAGGCAGUCAGCGCCAGAUCCAGGAAAAGCUGGAGCUGAACAGACGGGCCCAAGAAGAGUCUGUGAAGUAUCGAGAGCAGCUGAUCAGAGAGCUUGAGGAGGCCAAAGAGCUGACGAGGCGCGAGAGAGAGCAGGAAGAGGAACUCAAGUCUGCUCGCAGACAGGAGCUGGACGCUCAGCUCACAGAGCGACACCUGCAAGAGCAAGAGGAGCAGGAGCGCCAGAGAGAGGAGGAGGAAGAGGAGAGAUUAAGGAAGCAGCGCUGCAAGGAGCUAGUGCAGCAGGAGGCCAAGCGCAUGGCUGAGCAAGGAUACCGCAACAGGCUCUACAGUCAUCCAAAAGCAGCAUGGACCUGAAGAUUCCUGUCCGGUAUACUGGA